CCUACACUGUUAUAGCAGUUUUGGAGGAAAUAAAAGGAUGGUCAAGUUGCCGCUUUUGAAAGUCUUGUUUAUCAUCAAAUGUGGACUGCUUUGUUUUGUUCACAGUCAAAAUGUACAAAUAUCAACCAGGUUCAUGUCAGGAAACGUAAUAUUUACAUGGACGCCGUCAAACUAUUCCUCCUAUGACAUAUCCCUUACUAGAGACACGGCAGCAGAUGCCUGGACCCGUAUGCGUUAUGCACAGUACACUGUGAGGGAUGCAUUGCUGUAUGACACCAUCACUAUCAACGUUAGAGCAACUCCAUGGUCUGUUGACAACAGACUCACAUACAAUGUCUUCAAAGUUAAAACCAAGGUGGUAGACACAGUGAAUCUAUCAUGGACAGCGCCGUUCUUUCCUGUCGCUGGACGAUAUCUUGUUUACCACACAUAUAGAGAAAACAGAACUAUAUUCAGUGUUAGAAGUAGUGGUGUAAGCUAUGGAGGAUAUAAUCAGUCGACAAAGUACACAUACCUCACCAGACCGUUUGCUUCCACUAACAUCAUGUUUAAGAUAAGGGACAUAACUCUGGAUGACGCUGGGUAUUACAAUGGUGGAUCGUGGGCUGGAGCUGCGUGGUCAGGUGGAGGUGUUGUACUGAUUGUUUCGGACAAACCCUCUAAGCCGAAGAUAACAGGAGACCUUAACGUUGAGGUCAAUAGAUACAUAACAUUGACCUGUUCCAGUCAAUCCACCUCAGCCCCUGACUACUACUCCAAGCUCCUCACCUUGUCUUACACCUGGUUUGUCAACGACACAAGGAUAGGAGGAGAAAACAGAAAGACCCUGAGAUAUGUAACUAGAGAUCUCAAGUACAACAGGUACACGUGUACAGCGACAGAAGAAGACUUGGAGACUGACAGGAGUGACCCAGUACAGAUCAACCCACUGUACGGACCGGACAUAAUGAAAUUCACUCCAGAACCUAAAUUGAACAUCAAUGACAAAUUAACAGUAAGGGAAGGGGAGACUAUUGGUCCCUUUGUUUGUACAGUGGAUUGCAAUCCACCUUGUAAUAUAGAGUGGAAAGUAAAGGGCUCCGAUGGAUUCAGUGAUGCUCCUUCAGAGAUGGGGACGUUAUUGCAACAACAAGUACAGAGAAAUAUGCGGUUAUUCCGAUGCCAAGCAGAUCGGGGAAAUAAGACAUCAAAACAAGGAUUUCAACUUGAUGUCCAAUAUUUAGAUGAUACUCUCUUGUAUAUCAAUGGCCAAAUGAUAAGUAAUAUCGAGUUGAAUGAAAACGCGCCAUUGAGAAUAUCGUGUCAUGUGGAUGGAAACCCCACCCCCACAAUACGUCUCAGUAGGGGUCAGGGAUACACUGAACUCGAACAGAGACAGGGGACAUGGCUGAACUACACCAUAGACAUGGCUCAAUGUACCGACACAGACACGUACAGAUGUAGAGGGACUUCUACAGAAUUCAGCAACACAGAUAGAGUGAUAAACAUCAACGUUCUAUGUACCACCAGACUUGAUACAACCGGUUGUUUCAAAUCCACAUAUGGGUCAAAGAGUGGAAUGGAUACCACAGUAAAUGUUGCUGUUCCAAUCAUUGCUUACCCCCCUCCACAAUCAUCUGACUUCAAGUGGGACGGUCCUGUGCCACUGUCUGCGAGGACAGCUAUUUCUACAGGAGAUGUGUCCUACAAACACGUGGUCAAAAACUUCAUCCCCGUGAAUGAUCAUACUUAUUUUGGAAACUACACACUGUCAUACAAAGGACAAACAGUCACUAGAAUCACAAUCAACGAUGAAGACGUACCACAAACCCCCUCAAACUUCACUGGAUAUUCCUACACCAACAGCUCCGUCAGUUUGACUUGGGUAUCGGGCUUCAAUGGCGGACCUGAGCAAUUUUUCAUACUGUAUGCAAUGGAAGGUUCAAAUUGGAAAGUAAUUGGAAACGUAUCAGAUCCGGGAGAAGGAAGACUUGUCUAUUUCGACCCGGGAUUUUUGUCCCCUGGACAAGAAUAUUCGUUUCGAAUACAGAGCUGUAACAGGAUAAACUGUUCUUUACUUUCUGCUGAUACAAAAGUUACAGUGAAAGGUAACCUUUUGGAAAAUUCAAGUAUGGACUCAACAGGAGCAGUGGCAUCGAGAUCAUGUAUUAUUGCAAUCUCCCUUGUUUCUGUUCUCCUGGGUUUGACGUGGUUUUAGGUGGCAGUGUUUGUUGUAUAUAACAGACGAUAUCGCAAUGUUCAUCAGAAAAGUAAACAUGGCGAAGAAAGGACCCAAAUCGAAACUCAAAACAUGACACAACAUUAUGAUGACAUACAGGGUACAGAUGUAUACCAACUUGAGGCGCAAAAUAUGACACAACAUUACGAUGAUGUACAGGAUAGGGUUCAUGAAGGAAACUACACGAACCUAAAGGAAGGCAAGACAGUUGCAGAGGGAGAUUAUACCGAACUAGGUCAAUGUGACCCAGAAACUCUUUACGAGAAGUUAAAGGAAUGAGUAGCUUUAAAGGAGAAUGAAUUUAAGAGAAGGUUACAUACGUGACAUACUUUAUGGCGAGAUAUACAAAAUGUUUUGGUUAUGUAAAUGAAGCAAAAAGAGAUUAUAAUUUUUCCCCAUAAAUUCCUGUGUAAAUAUUCGACCCCUCUCCAAAUGUGCCCGAAGUAUUUGAAUGACAUAAUUUCACAUGAAGAUACCCGCAGAGACGAUUCAGCUUUUUUCGCCAAAAUUUUUUUUUUUUUUUUUUAAAUCAACAAUUUUUUUAAAACUUCUUAAAUAUUUUUCCUUAUAAUUGUGUUCAUUUUUGUCUUUGCCUUUAUGGCUUCUAAUUCAUUAUUUGUUUUAUUAUUUUCUUCAAUUUUUAAUUACAGAUCAUAUUUCUCAUUUUAUAAAGUUUAUCACCUUUUCCCAUUUUUUUGAAUUUUCAAACUCUGUCAUGAAAAAGCGUCGAAGACAAUACGUACAAUCGUGUAAUCUACCUAAUAUUUAAGAUAAAAAAUAAUUAGUUUUUUAAUGCAAACUAAAACCUAACUAUGUAAUCCUUUAAAAAAAAAAAAAUAUAUAUAUAUAUAUACAGUAAAACACGGUUAUAGCGAACACGCUUAUAAUGAAUUGACGCUUACAGCGAAGUGAUUUUCAUUCCCUGUGACUUUAUUUCAUGUUGUAAACUUGACGGAUAUAACGAAUUACGCUUAUAACGAAGUACAAUUGCCCGUCCCUGGGACUUCGUUAUAAGCGUGUUUUACUGUAUA